AACAUUCUCCAGUUGUUUGUUUUUUUUUUCAGAUAUUUCAUGUUCAAAAAAAAUGUUUUGGUGUGUAGUAUCACUAUUAGUUUGAUUGAACACAAUCUCAAAAAAAAAAUUGUAUGGAAAAAUCGAAAUCGAUUUUUAAAAAAUGUGAGUAUGUUGUUUUGUUUGGCAAAAUGGCCGACUCACUGGCCAAGUAUGGGCUCUACGUAGAUGAUUUCAGUAAAAUUAGGAUUCUGGAGCCCGAGGUAGCUGGACAGAGCGAGAAAUUGAGGGUUGAAUGUCAAGGAUUUGUGUCCAAAAUAACAGAAUUCAAAAAAAAUUCCGAUGAUUUCAUCGAGAUGCUCGAUAGUCUUGCUAAUGAGGUUGAGCGAGAGAAGAUGAGGACAAUAGGUGCUAGGAAUCUUCUGCGAUCGGUAUCGAAGCAGCGAGAGGCUCAGAAGCAAAAAAUUCAGGCUUUGAUUAUCGAAAAAACUAUGGAACUGGAGCGUCUGAGGAUUCAGUACGACUCGUUACGAAGAAUAGAGCAGGAGCAGUUGGAGACAAUCGAGCAUUUAACAGUGAAUUAAUGGAUUAUUAUUUUAUUUCAUCUCUAAUCGCGGACACAAUCGUUUUUUUUUGGGUGAAUUAAUGUCGAAAAAAUGGAAAUCAAGGACGGAAAGGGUAUCGAAGGCACGUCUUGUUCUUCUGCCAAAUGUUCAUUCGUUUCGUUCGGAUUUUUAACGUUUAAUUAAUUAAUAAUCGCAAAUUACUUGAAGGGAACUUUGGAAUUUAAUCAAGUGGUGAAACGCCUUUGCAAUAGUUUUUGUUGAACAUCUCUGAAUCUAGAAGAGAUGCCGGAAAUAUCGUCGGAUAGUUUUUGAAGCUCUUGAAAUUCUCCACAAAAACUGCAUGAACAAGAAUUUCGUAGUUUCUCUUAGAUUCCGAGAUAAUGACGAUUUUGUUAGGAAUGAUUUAUUCUAAUGUAAAAUUCUCCUGUUUCUCACUUCACCACUUCGUUGAUUAAUUAAUUAAAUUGACUGUCAAUCACCCUUGAAACA